CUUCAACCUCAUCCACGCCGACAAUUUUAACUAACCACAGGUCAAGGUAAGCAUAUCGCAAUACCCUCCUCCCCCCAAAUACAAACUACAAUUGCGAUACAAGAAAUUGUUCGCAAUGUUUGUUCUGGAAACUAUGUUUUCUUGCAAAGGCUAGAGUUGUGGAUGGCGCAAGCCUCCCUCUCUUACGAGACAGAAUAUCGCUAACGGUUCUGUUCUCUAUGAUCAGCCUCGGACAAAAUGCCUCCCAAAGGAAAGAAGGUAGCGGCUUUCCCGCAAUCAAAGGCGGGAGCUUCCUCCAAGAAGCCUAAGAACCCUCUCAUCGAGAAGCGUCCUAAGAACUUCAACAUCGGAAAUGACCUCCAGCCCGCCCGCAACCUUGCUCGCAUGGUCCGAUGGCCCGCCUACGUCCGUCUCCAGCGCCAGAAGAAGAUCCUCAACCUCCGUUUGAAGGUUCCCCCGGCGAUUGCUCAGUUCACCCACACCCUCGACCGCAACACCGCCACCCAGGCAUUCAAGCUCCUCAACAAGUACCGCCCUGAGACCAAGCAGGAGAAGAAGGAGCGUCUCACCAAGGAGGCCACCGCUGUCUCUGAGGGCAAGAAGAAGGAGGAUGUCAGCAAGAAGCCCUACGCCGCCAAGUUCGGUCUCAACCACGUUGUCGGCCUCGUCGAGAACAAGAAGGCUUCCCUCGUCUUGAUCGCCAACGAUGUUGACCCCAUUGAGUUGGUUGUCUUCCUCCCCGCCCUCUGCCGCAAGAUGGGUGUCCCAUACGCCAUAGUCAAGGGCAAGGCCAGGCUCGGAACGGUCGUCCACCAGAAGACCGCUGCCGUCCUCGCCCUCACCGAGGUCCGCUCCGAGGACAAGAGCGAGCUCUCCAAGCUCACCUCUGCCAUCAAGGAUGGUUACCUCGAGAAGCACAAGGAUGCCACCCGCCACUGGGGCGGUGGUAUCAUGGGUGCCAAGGCCAACGCCCGCACUGAGAAGAAGAGGAAGGCCAUCGAGAACGCCAUCAAGAUCUAAAUGAAUUGAUGUAAGCGUUUGGCGGUGGGUAUUCAUGGUUUUUAUGGCGUCUCCAUUACUUGCAUGUAGGGCUCAGAAUAUGGCCUUGGUGUUUUAGGACAGUCAAAAGCACUAG